AUGGCAUUCUUCGGCAAUCAGCAGGCGGCUCAACCUCCGAUUGGAAGCUUCGGGGGAGGCCAGCCUGCGCCAACUGCGGCUGCAGGAAUUUUCGGGGCCGGCUCCGGCGUUGGAGCGAACGUAGCCGCCGGAGGAGCUCCUGCAACGGGUAUGAUGAGCUCCGGCGGUUUCGGAGCGACGUCGGCAAUGCUGCCUCAAGCGGCCUUCGGCUCCGCUAAUUCGGCGGCCGCCGGAUUCGGCUCAGGAGCCAACGUCAUGAAUACAAGCUUCGGUUCCACUAAUAUUGGCUCGGCCUUCGGCAAUACCGGCCUCUCAACUGGCGGCGGUUUCACGAGCAAUGGCUUCGGGCAGCAGAGCAACGUUACGGGAUUCACCUCUUCCGGAUUCGGCUCGUCCACUAACAAUGCGAGCAGCCCCUUCGCGGCGAAUACAUUAGGCGCUCAAAGCAGCAGCGGAUUCGGAUCAUCCAGCUCGGGAAUGCCACAGUUUAACACCGGGCCGUUUGUUUCGAACAACUUCGGACAACCCCAAAGCUCGGGCAACACGUUCACCUCGGGUGGCUUCGGGCAAACGUCAAAUUCGCAGGUAGGAGCGUUUGGAGGCAGUGCCUCGGGCUUCGGAAGCUCCCAAAAUGGAGGUACUGGUGCGUUCACUACCACCGGUUUUGGACAAGCAACGCAACCAUCCACUACCACCGGUUUUGGACAGACAGCACAGGCACCGACUACAACCGGUUUUGGACAGACAGCACAAGCACCGACUACAACCGGUUUUGGACAGACAGCACAAGCACCGACUACAACCGGUUUUGGACAGACAGCACAAGCACCCACCACUACCCCUGCGUUUGGGCAACUGCCGGCCGCAUCAACGCCAGCUUUCGGGAGUAGCGCUAAUGCAAUGGGAACACCUGGCGGCUUUGCUUCCGGCGGAUUCGGAAGCCAAAGCUCAACAGGCUUCGGGACGUUCGGACAGGGUGCGCAGCAGUUCAACACAGGGGCUUUCACCUCUAACGGAUUUGGGCAGAACAAGAACGCUAACAGUUUGUCAUCUGCCGGAUUCUGUCAACAACAAUCGCAAACGGGUAGCGCAUUUGGUUCCAGCGGCCUCUCCCAGCCGCAACCAUUCAACACGGGGUCGUUUACAUCUAAUGGUUUCGGGAAGAACGCGGAGGCCGUUACCACGUUUGGUCAGCCUACUACGCAAUCCAACGGUGCUUCACCGGGGUUCGGUCAAGCUACCGCGGCUGGAAGCGCCGGGCUGGCGCCAGCAGAGCCCACGACCACGAACCAAUCAGCAUUCAGCGGGUUUAAUAAACCAUCAUUAGGAAAUCCCAGCUGUACGCCCGCGAAUAUAACACUCUUCGGCACCAACACAAGUGGUGGAUUUGGUAACAAGCCCGUGGCGCUACAAAUUGAACCUCUAACACGCCCUUGUAACGCUAAACUGGAGCCAUGGAUGAAAACGGCAUACUCAGCCAGAGCAUUCCAAGUAGGCCGCUAA